AAGUAGAAAUGUGCAUCAUGAGUUUAGUAUGUAUGAAGCAAUCAAUAAAUCAAACACAGAAAACGAAUCAAAAUAAUGAAAAUUGCAAAUUACUACUUUGCGUGCAUUAUGUUACUGUUGACGUUUAAAAUAUUACGCGUCAAUGGAACAACUGUAACUUUGCUGAAUCGGAAUAUAGUCACAUAUGGACAAUCAAAUCAAGUUUGUAAAAAUGGCCAGUCAACAACUGUUACAAAGGAAAUAAAUGCAGCUAUAUAUGUGUUGUCUAAUACAAGAACAAACUUUAAUGGAAAUCGAUGGAACAGAAGGAUGGAACAAUUGGACAGGGAAUCCAAAGAUGAGAAAGGUCACAUAAUUGCAUCUUCAUUUGGCGGUCCUGCAGAAGAAUGGAAUCUAGUACCACAAGACAUAAGCAUAAACAGAAAAAUAAAUGCACAAAGCAGUAUCUUAAACCGUUGGGACGAAGUUGAAAAAUGGAUACGAGAUCAAGUAAAGAAAAAUGCUGUGCCAGUUACAUAUAAAAUAAGUAUUGUGUACAGUAAUCAAAACGGAUGUAGACCAACUCAUUUUAAAAUUUCUGCAACUAACCCAAGAAAUCAAGGGAUCAAAGGAGAAUUUGAUAAUGGACCAUAUGGCUCUUUCGCAAUUUCUAGUAAUGGGUCUAAGAAUCGUCCACGCAAACCAUAGUUGGGUAACUUUUGAACUUUUGAUUACUUUUUAUUAUUAACUAUAAAUAAUUAUUAUCGUUUAUCAUGUUUUUUUUUAAUAUGGUAUUUCUCUUAAAGUAAAGCGUGAAGUAAAUAUUUAAAAAAAAACUACAAAGAUAGAUUUUAUUAAAAACAAAGUAUACUCCCCAACUAUUAAAUAAAUAUUAUUAUUACCUACAUUCAAUAGUUAUGUAAUGAUUAAAUACUACAAUUGAAAAAUAAAGAUUAUUAUUAAUUA